AUGGAUUGUCUGCGCCGGGGCUGCAUCAGCCACCGCCGUGCUGCUCGAGUGAACAUCGUCACCUCCCCGUCGACCAGCGCCGGGGCCGCGGAGACAUUGCCAUCAUCUGUUCAGCCGAUUGGGAACAACGGGGUUCAUGAUCUGGUGCACACCCCCUUGCCCGGGGUGCUUCUCGGCGCUGCACUCCUCGUAUCCUCGAGGCGGCUUGGAUCUCCUGAAAUAGGACAACGGUUAUCGGCGACCAUUAAAGACUUGCCGGACCAUCGCAGUGUUCAAUCCCGUGCCCAGUCGCAAUCUCGUUCGAAACACACCUGGAGAAUGAAACACCGCCCCGUCGCGUACAUCGUCUGCCUGACAGUUCUGCUGGCCGACUGGUGCGUGGGCACGAUUCUGGACUGCGCCGCCUGCGGCCACCGCACGGCCCACGAGAUCCCCGGCGUGCAAUUCGAAGCCCCCUGCGGGAAACUGCUCCUGCCUGAACGCAAGAUCUGCAAGAACCUGCGCAGGAAGAAGUUCCUCCGCUGCCACAGGUCCGAGUGUCUCCAAUACUCCCGCCUCAAUGCCGGCUGGCAAAAUACGUGCAGACAUUACUUCAAGGAGCACAUUGUGCCCCCGUUCAAUAACCCUACCGUCGUCAAACCCGCGGUCUCCAAGAAGAAGCAGCCUGCCGUGCCGCCCCCUGCGUCUGCAGUAGAUGGGCCCAGCCCUAGCGAGCCCAGGAAGAAGAUGAAAGCACAGAUUGAGUAG